AUGGUCGCACCAUCAACUCAAUUGCCGCCAUCGACAAAAACAACAACAGGAACACCAGGAACCGUAGCUAAAUGGGAUUCUCGAUUUGCCGGCCACGUUCCCCAUGACGGAUCAUAUUACUCAAAAUGUAUGCUUGCUGGUGUUCUUGCUUGUGGUCUUACACACACAGCUAUUUGCCCACUCGAUGUUACAAAAUGUAAUAUGCAGGUCGCUCCUGAAAAAUAUAAAGGCUUAGUUCAAGGUCUUAGAACAAUUGUUGCUGAAGAAGGAAGUCGAGCUGUAUGGAAAGGUUGGUUACCAACAUUCUUUGGCUAUUCAGCUCAAGGAGCAUUCAAAUAUGGUCUUUAUGAAGUAUUCAAAGAUCAAUAUGCUAAUAUGCUUGGUAAAGAAAAUUUCGAAAAAUAUAAAGGUCUUGUCUGGUGUACUGCAUCAGCAUCAGCUGAACUUGUUGCUGAUCUUGCUUUAUGUCCAUUGGAGAUGGUUAAAGUCAAAGUACAAACAGCACCACAUGGUACAUUUCCAACAAAUUUUGGUCAAGCUUGGUCACAAAUGAAUGCCAAUCGUGCAGAAACUGGCUUUCCAUAUCGAUCUCUCGUACCAUUAUGGUCACGACAAGUUCCUUAUACAGUAGCCAAAUUCUUCUUCUUCGAAAAAGUCGUACAAUUAUUUUAUACUUAUGUGUUCACAAAUCCAAAAGACACAUAUUCAAAAACAACCCAACUUGGUGUUACAUUUGCUUCUGGUUAUACAGCCGGUGUUAUUUGUGCUAUUGUUUCACAUCCUGCUGAUUCACUUGUUUCACUUCUCGGUAAACCGGCCAACAAAGGCAAGAGCUUAGGACAAAUUAUCAACGAAACUGGAUUUACUAAACUUGCCACAAAGGGUCUUGGUACUCGUAUUAUUAUGAUUGGUACAUUGACCGGUCUUCAAUGGUGGAUCUAUGAUACAUUCAAAUCAGUUAUGGGCAUGGGAACAACCGGUGGCAAAUAG